AUGGACAAGGGCGUGUUCAAUUGCAGGACUUGCAACGUUGAGUUUAGCUCAUCGCAAACGUGGCGCGCUCAUGCUAAAAGCGAUACUCAUGUUGCAAAUCUCAAAGAUCGCGUAACCUCAUCGGGUGUUGUGUUGCCAUCCACCAUGGCCAGAGAAGACGAGUGGAAUAAUCAUGGCUCGAGACCAGCACAGAAGUCGCAAGACAUAAAAUUAUCUUUCAAUCGUCCUACAACAGAAAGCGACGAGUCAGAUGAUGAGCUUGCCAGCGGAGGAAACUCAGACACAGAGAGCGACAUGGCCCCAACCUUUGUACCCGAUCAGUGUCUCUUUUGCGGCACAUUGUGCGGUACAUUUGAACAAAACCUCUCCCACAUGUCAAAAGCGCACUCAUUCAUCAUUCCGAAUCAGGACUCUCUCAUUGUUGAUGUAGAGACUUUGAUCUGGUAUUUACACCUCGUCAUAUACGGCUAUCAAGAAUGUCUUGUCUGCAGCAAGACCAGGCGAUCCGUCGAGGGCAUACAACAGCACAUGAUGGCAAAGGCGCACUGCCGACUUGAAAUCAACGACGACAUAAGAGAUUUUUAUGAGUUUUCCGAAGCUCCAAAGCCCGAGGACAUGAUUAUCUCUGGGGAAUCCACCAUGAAGCUGCCUUCAGGAAAGAUACUCGGUCAACGAACAUUACCCAGCGAAAGCUUAUCGCGACGUGCACCAGCUCGCUCGGAGCCGCAAGUCCCGACACAAUCAGACAGGUCAAUGGCAAAACCUGGGUCAGAAUUGACGACGAGAAACGAUCGUACCUUGGCUAGAGUUGCCACCCAGUUAUCGCAGUUUAGGGCAGGCGAUCAGCAGAGUCUUUCCCAUCUUCCCGCCUACGAACUUCGGUCUGUACUUGCUUCACGAAUGAAGCAAUUGAGUGCUGCGAAAAGGGUGGAAAGGAGAAUGCAAAAUAGGUUACAGACAAGGGGGAACAAGACUCUGAUGAAGCAUUUUCAGCCUGAUGUCCCAGGUAGGCAAAACGGCUAA